ACAGCUGCGUAUCUCAAAAUCCACUGGCUCCCCUGUUUCUCUCUCCCUCUCACUCUCAAUUCCACAACAAAUAUAUAACCCUUUACCCCACAAUUCUAUGAACACAAUCUUCUCUCUUACUCCUACAUCUUCGCCCUUCACCAACAAAUCUUCAUCAAGUUCCUCUCAACUUUCUUCUCUCAGAUUCCCAAUUGGGUCCUCGAAAUUCCACCUGAAAAAUGCGGAUGAGUUGCAACGGAUGCAGGGUGCUCCGAAAAGGUUGCAGUGAGAAUUGCAGCAUCAGACCCUGUUUGCAGUGGAUCAAGAGCCCUGAAUCUCAAGCAAACGCCACCGUCUUCCUCGCCAAGUUCUAUGGCCGUGCUGGCCUCAUGAACCUCGUCAACUCCGGCCCCGAACAUCUCCGACCAGCGAUUUUUCGUUCGUUGUUGUACGAGGCUUGCGGUCGGAUAGUGAACCCGAUUUACGGUUCUGUGGGUUUGUUAUGGUCGGGGAGCUGGCAGCUAUGUCAAGCCGCCGUCGAAGCCGUUCUGAAAGGCGCCCCGAUUACGCCGAUCACUUCUGAAGCCGCCGCCAGCGGGCGCGGCCCACCCCUCAAGGCCUACGACAUCCGCCACGUGUCUCGUGACGAGAAUUCGGCGGCGUCCAACGAAACUCAGCAGCAGCGAGUCAAGACCCGGUCCCGGGUCAAGCGAUCCGUCGCCAAGCUGAAGCCCGCCGGCGAGGAGAAGAACGGUGGCAAGCGAGCCGAAUCCUGCUCGGCUGAGCCGGUUGAAGAAGCGCGUGGCGGCGCUGGCCGGGUUGGGUGGACCGGAGAGGUGCUGAACCGGUCCGGGAGCCAUGACCAUGAGUCCUCGCUGAGCCACCAGUCGGAGGCGGCGAAUGCUGCCGCGGAGGGUGAGAGCAAAGAGAGCGAGAGCAUAGUGUCUGUGGAGACGGCGGAGAAUUCCGUCCUUUUCCGCAAUGAACCGGAGUCGAACCGGAAGCGAGUGGAUCGAACCGGAGAGAGCAGCGAGGAUCAUGUUGGUCUGGAGCUGACGCUUGGGUUUGAACCAGCGCGUGUGCAUCACGUGGUUCCGGUUAAGAAGAGGAGGAUUGAGCUGAAGGGUUUUGGUGGCUCGGCUGAGAAUGGCUCUUGCAAGAUGGAGCUGGGGCUUCAAUUACCGGCUUGAUGUUCCGGUUCAGUUUUGACUUAAACCGGCUUUCUGUGAUAUGUAGAAGAGAUCAGAACCCGUUUUGUUGUUUUCUUUUUUAUUUUCCUUUAACUUUUUUUUUUAGUAUUUGGGCUCAAUAACUCUUUUUAAUGUGAAUGCGUGCUGUCCAAGCUACAAAUAUGUAUGCAAUUUGGUUAUUGGUAUAUAUGUAGAUGAAAUGGUACAUUUUAUGAAAUGAGUUAAGUUGUUAA